CAAUGUGAAGCUCUGUCUGCAACAGUAGGGGUCACCUUUGCUUCUUCAGUGGUCCCACUGCAUCAAGAAUGACAUGCCUCCAUUCCAUUUCAGCCAGUUCUGAGCUGACUGAUAAGUGAUUUCAGAAAUUUCUGUAGGCAUUACAUGACAAGAAUGGCAGACAGUGAGGAGCUCUGUUUUUGCUGUUUAUGCUGGGGUUUUGAGUGCUCCCUGGUUAUUGGCUCUGGAAAGAAGACUGCUGUUGUCUACCUUAUCUCUGCCUUAAUCAUUUCUGUAAGGUCAACACUCAUUCUCCUACAUUCCAGGAAUAAAAAACCUAGUCUAGUCCUGGCAACAUCCUCGUAACUCUUUUCUGCACUCUACAGUGCAGGACUAUGUCCUUCCUGUAACGGAGUGAUCAAAUCGUACUGAAGAAGGUACAGUACCAAAUGUAAUUUCAGUAAGGCAUUUGAUAUGGUUUCCCAUGAUGGGCUCAUUCAAAAAGUCAGGAGGCAUGGAAACCUGGCUGUGUGAAUACAGAAUUAGCUUGCCCAUAGAAGGCAGAGAGUGGUAGUUGAUGGAGAGUAUUCUGCCUGGAGGUCGGUAACCAGUGCUGUCCCUCAGGGAUCUGUUCUUGGACCUCUGCUCUUCUUGAUUUCUAUAAAUGCAGUGUUAAUGGCAGCAUUCUUAGCAGAGUGGAGAAAUAGAGGGAUCUCAAGGUCCACGUAAACAGAUUCCUCACAUUUGCCAUCCAAGUUUUAUAGAGUUGUUAACACAUAUUGUGUGUUGAUAUUCAUUUUUCAGGGGAUUAAGUUCAAUUACCACAAGGUAAUGUUGCAGCUGGUUAGAAAACACUGGAGUAUUGUGUUCACUACAGUAUUGGUUGACUCAUUAUAGGAAGGGUAUGGAAGCUUUAGAGAGGGUGCGGAGGAGAUUUACCAGGAUGCUGCCUGGAUUACAGAGCAUUUCUUAUGAAGAUUGGUUGAGAAGGCUGAUGCAUUUUUCUUUGGAGUGAAGGAGGAUGAGAGGGGACUUGAGAGAGGUUUUUCAGGAUGAUAAGAGGCAUAGAUAGACAUCACACGCUGCAUCUGCAAAGCAAAAAGGAUUAUGAAGGACCCCAUGCACCCCUCAUACAAAUUCUUCUCGCUCCUGCCAUCUGGGAAAAGGCACCGAAGCGUUUGGGCUCUCACAACCAGACUAUGUAACAGUUUCUACCCCCAAGCCAUCAGACUCCUCAAUACCCAGAGCCUGGACUGACACCAACUUACUGCCCUCUACUGUGCCUAUUGUCUUGUUUAUUAUUUAUUGUAAUGCCUGCACUGUUUUGUGCACUUUAUGCAGUCCUGGGUAAGUCUGUAGUCUAGUGUAGUUUUUUGUAUUGUUUUACGUAGUUCAGUGUAGUUUUUGUAUUUCUUGUAGCACCAUGGUCUUGAAAAAACGUCUCAUUUCUGUCUGGUUUUUACUGUGUACUGUACCAGUAGUUAUGGUCGAAAUAACAAUAAAAAGUGACUUGACUUGAGUUGAGUGAACAGCUGGAGACCUUUUCCCCGAGCAGAAAAGGCUAAUAAUUUUAAGGUGAUUGGAGGUAGGUGUAGACGGGAUGUCAGAGGUAAGCUCUUUCCACAGUGAGAGGUGGAUGUGUGGAACACCCUACCAGAGGUGGUAGUAGAGGACAUUAAUGACAUUUAACAAACCCUUAGGUAGACACAUGAAUGAUGGAAAAAUGGAGGGCUAUGUUGGAGGGAAUGGUUAGAUUGACCUUAGAUUAGGUUAAAAGGUCGGCUCAACAUCAUGGGCCGUGGGAUCUGUACUGCGCUGUAAUGUUUUUAAAUUGACUUCUGUCUAUGUGGUUAACUCUUUCCUUACAGAUCAGAAUGGAGUGCAUGACUUGAGAGUUCAAAUUCAAUUAUCAUUCAACCAUAUAUAAAUAUAGCCAGACAAAACACCAUACCUCAGGGGCCAACGUGCAAAUACAUUGCCAACAGCAUACAACAUAAAUAGCACCUAUGGUUAUGUUUGCAGAAAAACAUACAGUCACAAAGGAAAUAAAAUAUAGCCCAUGUCCCUGAGUGGUUUGAUGGUAAUUGUCCUGGUCCAGCCUGUUCUUCCACCAAACACCAGAUGGCAGCACUGAAGUCAAGAAGCCAGUCAUUCCAUCAUGCCCACAGAGGCUUCUUCUCUCUCCCACACCACCUCUGGCAUCUCCUCCCCUCGGUGAUUGGAACAGGAAUCCCUGUAGUGAGGGCCUAGUCCUUGCCAUAACCAAGACAACACCGCUCAUCCACCAUCAGUCUUAUCAAUGAACCAGUGAACCAAAUUUACAGUAUUCUACUUUACCAAUGUCCAACAGGGUCUUGCAAUCACAAUAAAAAUGCCAAGGACAAUCACUUGCACCCUGGCACUGCUGGGCGUAACAACAGUGUGCAACAAGACCAACUCUAUCACUAUCAAGUGAUGGGAUAAUCCUGCAGUACUUGAUGUUCUUAGUAUCCAGCAGUGACUUGCAAUUGUAAAAAGACAUAAAGAACAAACAAAUGCAGCUUUGAUUGGACCUGAGCUUCUGAGCACACCACCAUCUUAAAUGACUCUGGUGUUAGGCAUCUGAGCAAUGUGGCCUGCCCUUCAGAACCGAUUGACUCAAUAAAAGAAUGCUGUCUCGAGAGGAAGUUCUGACGUUGCUUUGCAUACCCCAGUAUUUCUCCGGUGCUUUAAAGUGCCUGCUGUAAGGAGGCAAAAUCUCAAAGGGAAAAGAGUCACUGCUCCUGGUAAACCAGUCAAAAUCUGCAGACGCUGCAAAUCCAGCAACACACACAAAAUGCUGGAGGAACUCAGCAGUCCAGGCAGUAUCCAUGGAAAAGCAUACAAUCAAUGUUUCAGACAAGACCCUUCCUUAGGACUAGAGAGAAAAGUUGGAGAGUUGUGUAAGAAGAUGGGGGAAGGGGAAGGAGAAACACCAGGUGAUAGGUGAAGCUGGGAGGGGGAAGGAUGAAGUAAAGAGCUGGGAAGUUGAUUGAUGAAGGAGAAACAGGGCUAGAGAAGGGGGAAUCUGAUAGGAGAGGAUAAAAGGCCAUGGAAGAAAGAAAAGGAGGAGGAGCUGCAGGGGGAGGCAAUGGGCAGGUAAGGAGAUCCCUGCAGAAAGUGAGGGAGUGGGGCGGAGGGAAAGACGUGCUAGUUGGUGGGAUUCCGUUGGAAAUGGCAGAAAUUACGGAGCAUUAUGAGCUGCAGAGGCUGGUGGGGUGGUAGGUGAGGAUGAGAGGAACCCUAUCCCUAGUGGGGUGGCAGGAGGAUGAAGUGAGAGCAGAUGUGUGUGAAAUGGAAGAGAUGCAUUUGAAGGCAGUGUUGAUGGUGGAGGAAGGAAAGCCCCUUUCUUUAAAGAAGGAGGACAUCUCCUUCAUUCUGGAAUGAAAAGCUUCAUCCUGAGAGCAGAUGUGGUGGAAACGGAGGAAUUGAGGGAAGGGGAUGGCAAGUAACAGGGUGAGAAGAGCUAUAGUCCACCUGGACUCUCAGCUAGAGAGCUGAGAGAGUCCGUGGGUUUAUAAUUGACAUCAGUAGAUAAGCUGUCUCCAGAGAUAGAGACAGAAAGGUCAAGAAAGGGAAGGGGUGUCAGAAAUGAGGGCAGGGUGGAAGUUGGAGGCAAAGUUGAUGAAGUCGUGGAUGUAGUCAAGUCUAGUCACUUUUAUUGGCAUUUCGACCAUAACUGCUGGUACAGUACAUAGUAAAAAUGAGAAUGUUUUUCAGGACCAUGGUGUUACAUGACACAGUACAAAAACUAGGCUGAACAGGACGGACACCAGUGUAGGCUUGAAACUUAGACUGUUCCACGUAGUUGACAAAAAGGCAGGCAUACCUGGGACCCAUGCGAGUGCCCAUGGUUACACCUUUUGUUUGAAGGAAGUGGGAGGAGCCAAAGGAGAAAUUAUUGAGAGUGAGGACGAGUUCCACCAGAUGGAGGAGAGUGGUGGUGGAGGGGAACUGCUUUGGUCUGGUGUCCAGAAAGAAACGGAAAGCUUUGAGACCUUCCUGGUGGGGGAUGGAGGUGUAUAGGGACUGGAUAUCCAUGGUGAAAAUAAGAUGAUGGGGGCCAGGGAACAUGAAACCAUUGAAAAGACCUAGAGUGUGUGAAGUAUCACAGAUGUAGAUAGGAAGGGACUGAACCAAAGGAUAAAACUGAGUCGAGGUAUGCAGAUAUGAGUUCAGUGUGGCAGGAAUAAGCUGAAAUAAUGGAUCUACCUGGACAGGCAGGUUUGUGGAUCUUGGGUAAGAGGUGCGGGGUGUGGGAACUAUGAGGUUGGUGGCUGUGAGUGGGAGAUCCCAAAAGCUAAUAAGGUCAGUGAUGACAUGGGAAACAAUGGCCUGGUGCUCCUUAGUGGGAUCCUGUUCGAGGGAUAAGUAAGAAGAGCUGUCUGAAAGUUGUUACUGGGUCUCAGCAAAGUGAAGAUGUUUCAUCAUUGAAAGUGAGAGAGUGGAAUUAACAUUAACAUAUAAUUUAAAUCCAUACUUUACAUCAGUUUUCUCUGAGGAGACUAUAACCAUCUCAGGACAGGCUAAUUUCAAAUAGCAUGGAAUAACUUAGCAAUUCUUAAUACAAAGAACCGAAGUAUUGGAAAAACCCAUGGAAUCUCAGAUGGACAAUUCACCGGAACCCAAUAAUCUGCAACCAGGAGUUUUUGAGAAAAUGGCUGAAGAGAUGGUAGAAGAUGCUGCCUGACCUGUUGAGUUCCUCCAGCAAUUUGUGUGUGUUGCUCUGGAAGAACAAGAGUGCAUAUGAAGAACCUUGCUGUAUCUUAGACAAGCGCUUUGGAGAAUUUUGCCCAACGACAUGUGGAGUUGGUCAAUUCUAUCAAGAUUUCCAAAGCACUGUUAACAAAGAUCUUCAGGAUAUUGAAAGAGAAUUGAGUAUGAUUCAUAAUGUAUCCAUUCUAACCAAGAAUAAUAUUGAUAAUAUUGUACAGACAAAUACUAUCGUGAAGAAACAAUCACCAGAUAUUUACAUCCAAAAGUUAACAGAGAUACAGUCAGAGAUUCUGGUAUAUGAAAAAAGCAGUAGAGAGACAGAUAUGGAAAUACUGGAUCUGGAAAACAUAGUAUCAAUGAACAAUGAGAAAAUAAGACAUUUAAAGAAACUUACCCAACAGCUUCAUGACAGAUGCAGUGCGUCAUGUCAAGACACUGUUCAAAUUAGUGAAAUUACAGGCCGAGACUGCCAAGACAUUGCCGAUCAGGGUGAAAGAACAAAUGGUCUUUAUUACGUCAAACCACUAAGAGCCCGUCGGCAGUUCUUGGUGUACUGUGAGAUAGAUGCCACCGGAAGAGGCUGGACAGUGCUGCAGAGGAGGGUCGAUGGCAGUGUGAACUUUGCUCAAAAAUGGAUUCCUUAUAAAGAAGGAUUUGGAUAUUUGUCACCUGAUGAUAGCACAGAAUACUGGCUUGGCAAUGAGAAGAUACAUUUUUUAACUACACAGAGUGGUGGGCCCUAUCUGCUCGAAGUUGUCCUGAAGGACUGGUCAAAUGAACGCAGAACUGCUCAGUAUAUGGAUUUUAAAGUGGGAACUGAAGAGGACAAAUAUCGUUUACGUUAUAGUUAUUUUGAAGGAGGAGAUGCUGGAAAUGCUUUUGAAGGUUACAACUUUGAAGGUGAAUCCAGCAGUGCAUUCUUAACAGCACACAAUGGAAUGCAGUUCAGUACACCAGAUGUUGACAAUGAUAAAUACGAUGAGGCCAACUGUGCUGAACAGGAUCAGUCUGGCUGGUGGAUGAACAGAUGCCAUGCAGCAAAUCUUAAUGGCAAAUAUUACCAAGGUGGAAUUUAUACGGUUGAUGAAACUACAGGUGGAUAUGACAAUGGAAUUAUCUGGGCAACAUGGCAUGACCGCUGGUAUUCUCUUAAAGAGACCACAAUGAAAAUCAUACCAUACAAGAGAUAUAUACAAUUGAGAUCCCAAAUUGCACAGGGUCAAUUUGACAGAGGCGAUAUUUAAUGGCUUCAAGCAUAAUUAAAUUUCAUAGAGAGACAUAAUAUGGCUACUGCAUUUCCAUUUGAAUGUCUUAAGUUUGAAGAGCACUCAAAAUAGAAAGAUAAACUGUGUUAAUCAUUAUUCUGACUGAAGGUAGAAUAACAAACAUAUUGGAUUCCAAUUCAAAAUCUUUACUCUGGGUUGUUAAUAACUUUGUUUUUGUACAUUUCGGGAAUCUAUCAUCUUUCACUGAUUUGACAACUUUUUGAAGCAAAGUAAUAAAUCAUGCGAUUAUAUCUCAUGCAACUCACUGCCACUUUUCUCACUAUUGACAACCUUUAGCUGUCUUUAAUGAUACAUUCUUCAUUUUGUAACUUCUUCAGAAAUAAAAGACUCAGUUAUAAAUCUUGCCCUCAAUUGUGAUGACUGAUGCAAAAGUUUAUUAAACAU